AUGAGUACCGCCCCAGCGGCUUGGUGGGGGCUCCGAUGUGCCUUCACUUUUCUGGCGGAACUUCUUCGUAUUCGACCUGGCAUGGGACAUGAGGGAUGGGCGGCGGCGAUUGUCGGCAGUGUUAGCCAAAAUUGGGACGUUGAGAGAAGGUUUCGGGUGACGGAGGUAGCGCUGGCUAUUAUGUGGUGCUGUGCAUCUGCAUAUCUUUCAUAUUUUUUUGCUGAUUGUAUGAUGUCUCGUUGGCUUUUGAAUUAUACCCCACCGGCUGUUGUUAUCCGUCUUCUUACAACGAACGGCUUGAUUGCAUAUAUGACUUCUUGGGUUCUAUAUCUCUCUGGCGCUUCCUCAGAUCCUCGUCUUUUGUUACCAGCAUGGAUCUCGAUUACAACUACUUUGACAUUUCUUUAUCAUGCUACGCAAAAUCACGCGACGAUCAAACGUGAAACUGCUGCCUCGCUCCUCGUCGUAUCAGUUGCCAGUUUCGUCAGCAUGUCUUCGCUUCUUUUGCAGCUACACUUGACCCGCGAGAACGAACCCGAGGUACCGCUCUUCGUUCUGACGCGGAAGAUAUGGGAUUUCGCUGUGGCUGUAGUCCAGCGUAUGCGUGUCGCAAAUGACCAUGUCGGAGAGCUGUAG